CACUCAGUCUGCUCAGCUCAGCUCAGCUCAGCUCAGCUCAUCGUACUGUCCUUCAACUGUCCUCUUCUCGCUCGACCUUAAGAACUUACCCUCUCUCUCUAACACCCGGCACAUAUACAUGUACAACCUACCUUGAGAGAUAUCAAACCUCAGAAUGGACUCCGAGCCGUCCAUCGUGGCCAAGCUAGACGCUUUUGUGGCGGAGCUUCUGGCCGACUGGAACACCACCACCACUGUGAUUGCUGGCGGCAUUGUCGCCUUCCUCGUCUACUCGUUCCUCACAUCCCAAGAUUCGGAUAUUCAUCCUUUUCUCCUCGCACGGCAGUCGACCGCAUUCCCCGUUCGUCAUCCAGGCCAAUCUGCUCCGUACAGAAGUCUCGAGACACCGCACGGCUACCCUCUGCGCACCGGACUCAACGUCAAGGAUCCUGGGACUCCUAAAUGGACAAGUGGCCGGAAAGGUGAUCUGCGUGAUGUCUGGAAGACCGCUGUUCGCGGAUCGGUGGAAGAAAAUGGAGCCGUCACAGGCAAGCAAGGCAAGAUCUAUACGGUGCUUGGAAAGAAGGCGAUUGAACACUCUUUGGAUCAGGUCACUCAGGAAAUCAAUGUCAUUGGAACCCGUCUGCAAGCUUCCAAGGCGAAGACCGUUGCUGUCUGUUUGACGGACUCAGUCGAGCUGCUGGCUGUUAUCUUCGCCGGAGCAUUUUACGACUUCAAGGUUGUCAUCAUCCCUCACAAUUUGCAUGCGAAGGACCUGUCGGAGUUGUUGCGAAAGUCGCAGGCUGAUGCAUUGAUCGCCGAAGCUGGAUCACUUGACUUGUCAUUCAUUGCUAAGGAUAACGAACAGCUGUCGCAAGUCAUUUGGGUUGCGAAGCUCGGAAGCAGGCACAUGGACUGGAAUGAUGUGCCCCAAGAUGUGAAGGGUACUUUGGAAGUCACUGUUUGGCACGAGCUGGUGGAAGAGAAGAAAGAGCUCGCUUGGCUUGAGGUACCGGCUUAUGAUCCAAGCACUCCUACUCCAUCCGUGACCACUAUCUGGCCGUCCAAGUCCUCAAACGGUGAAUUCGUUGAGUAUCAGCCGGAGAAUCUUGCAUCAGGAAUUGCUGGCCUAUUGUACUCUCUUCCCCGCCAACAGCGGUUUGGCCCUAGUGACGUGGUCCUUUCCAUCGACUCCCUUUCUCGAUCGUAUCCCUUGUGUCAGAUUAUGGCUGCUUUGUUUGCCAAUGCAUCCGUUGCCGUCAAUUCCGUUGCUGGCGAAAGCGUGGAUUUUGCUCUUGCAACUGUAGGAAUGUCGCCGACGGUCAUUGUUGCAUCCUCUCGCACCAUGUCCAAUUACCACACCAAAUUCAUGAAGCCUCACUCCGGGCCUGUGUCUGCGCUGGCGCGUUGGAUCCAGGUGCGAAGCUUGGACGCCGGAUACAUGCCAUCCCACGGCCUACUGAAUCAGCUAGCCAAUGUCGGACCCACAGCCGAGCUUUCUCUGGACAAGCUUCGUCUUCUAUGCAUCUCGCACCGCUUCGACGCCGAUCCGGAGGUACGUCUCGACUUCGAGCAAUUGGCAGACUUGCGCAUCUUCACUGGAGCGCGUAUCGUGUAUGCUUUGACUGGACCCGGGAUCGCUGGUGCCGUGUCGCAGACCAACGUCUUCGACUACAGACGCUUUGAGGGCCCCAGCCACUUCGGUGCCCCUCUUAGCAGCGUUGAGGUUGUUCUGACGGGCUUGUCAGAUGACACCGGGAAGGAGGAGGGUCAGAUUUCUGUAGCCGGCCCUUCUGUCGUCUCUGGAAAGACGGUGCUACCGGUGCAAGCUCGCUUGCGCCAUGACAACACCUUGGAGCUCUGUGCCUGAAAUACCUCUCGAGCGAAUGAUGAGCGUUCUGCGUUGAAUUAAGGGAAUAACCCGUCUCAUUGUGUUUCUCAUCUCUCUCUGUGUAUCUUGAUUCUAAACUCUGCUCCGGGGACUACAGAAUGACUGUUGCACGGCAUCCUGCUGAAAUCUUCUGGAACCUCAAGCGUAGCUAGGCGCGUUAUGUCGAUGAAUUGGAGAAAAGGAUAUGC